GCUGUUCAUUUGUGCAAAGUAAUAAUCUAAUUAUUCUUAACGUAGUGAAUUUUAAUAAUAUAAUUAAUUCCCACGAUAUAAGUCCCAUAAUAAUUGUGCUUUUGUGUAUUAUAAACGGAGCUGACAUCAUCUGCGGAGAUUAUCCAGUUUUUAGUGCAAAAUUAAACAAAAUGCCUGCUGAUUUAAUUGGCUAUGCAUAUGCAGCCACAGUUGCCGCUGGUGGUGUGAUGGGAUACGUUAGUAGAGGAUCUGUCCCAUCACUUGGUGCUGGAUUAUUAUUUGGAUCACUGUUAGGGUACGGAGCCUAUUUGAGUUCUGGAUCUCCACCCAAACCAUUAUUGCAACUAGGAACAACUUUUGCAUUAGCCGUUAUGAUGGGUGCCAGGUGGCAAGGAAAUAUGAACAAAUUAAUGCCUGGUGGAGUUAUUUGCUUGAUGUCGUGUGCUAUGCUGGUGCGAGGUUUAAUGGAACAUCACACCAGAUUGCCUGUCAUUGGAAAAUAAUUAUUAAUGCUUGAAAGUAUUAAAUGAGGCAUUUGUUUUCAUAAUCUUAUAUAAUGGUGUAAAGUAUAUGUACAAAUUAAUAUAUAAACUUAUUUUCCAGUGUAUUGCUAGUGUAGAAUGGUGUAAUAUAUAAA